GCUUUUCCCAUCUGCCUAACGGGCUCUACCCGUCGUACAUUCCCCUGAGCCACCUCGAGCCCCCCAGCGCCGGCAGCCCGCUCCUGGCCCAGCUGGGUCAGCACAGCCUCUUCGAGUCGCAGAAAGAUGGGUUCUACCUGUCUGGCCAUGCGGGCCAGUCCGCACUGCACCCACAGCCUCCCCUCUCGAGGACCACGGGCAGCCACACGCCGAGCACUCUGCUGCGGGAGAAGGACCUCGGGCAGCUGCACAAGAGCUCGAAAGAAAGCCUGAAGGACCCUGGGGGGAAGGAGCGGCCGUGCCGGAGCGAUCUCUCCCUGCCCUUUGCCAAGAAGGAGGGCAAGCCGAAGGAGGAGCCCCGGCCCCGCAGCGUGGUAGACCUCACGCAGGACACCAAGCCCGACAGCGACCGGAAAGUGAGCGUGGUGGAGAAGGCGGUGAAGGUCGGCGAGCGUCUCUCGCCGUUCCUGGCCGAGCACAUGCCAAAUCGGGGUGUGGGCGGUGGGGAACCCAAAUCCAAGAACCCACUGCAGAGCUCUUCCCUCAGCAACUGCAACGGCGGCGGGGACCCCAUGCUGAAGGUCCUGGGUGCCGAGCAGGACCGCUGUGCCAAGGACCCCGCUCGGCACGACGAGAACAUGAGGCCUUCUGCGCACGCCCAUGCUGAGCGGCUGAAGCGGGGAGAGCCCCUCCUGGCCUCUGUGGGCACUUUGCACGUCUCCUGCAGCUGCCCGUCCCCGCAUCCCUCGCAGCCGGGGAAGAUGACGCCGGCCACCACAUUCCCUCCGCAGCCCGUCCAUUCCAGCAUGUACACCAUCUUCCCGCCGGCCAAGGAGCUGGGGAGGGAGCACAAAGUCAUCGCCCCCACCUUCGUGCCUUCGGUCGAGGCCUACGACGAGAGGAGCGGGCCCAUCCAAAUCGCCUCGCAGGCCCGCGACAACAAGGCGAAGGACAAGGACCUCGGCAAGGUGGGGGUGCUGCAGUCGCCCACAGAGCGGUGCCUCGCGGACCCCUCCCGCACGCUCUUGUCCCAGGACUUUUCUUGCCACAGCGAUGCCAAAAGGAUGGAGGCCCUGAGGGAGAAGGGCUCAGUGAUCAGGGCCAACUCCAUGGCGCUGAAGAGACAGAUCGCUUCGGAGCCCUUCCUUAACCGGCCUGGGCUGGGCUCUCCGGAGAGCAGGGAGUUCCUGGCCUCUAAGGACUUCUCCAAAGAGGCGGCAAAGGUCUACGGCACUUUGGACUCGUCCCGGCAGCACCUGGACCAUGGGCAGUUGAAACCGCCCGAGCAGAAGUGGAAGCCCUUCGAGAUGGGCAACUUUGCCACCACGCAGAUGGCGGUGCUGGCCGCGCAGCACAACCACGUCACCCGGGCGGAGGAGGAAGCCAAGAAGGUCUACCUGGACCCCAGUGGCUUGCCACGGUCCUCGGUGGUGGGCUCGCGGGGCGCUGCCGACGUCCUCCACCCCGCGUCCCACGGGGAAGGGUCGGCCAUGCAGAGCCUCAUCAAAUACAGCGGCAGCUUCGCCAAGGAGACCACGUCCCGGCAGAGCUGCGGCAAGAAGAGCCCCUUCGGGGGCUUGGGCAACAUGAAGUUGGACUCUUCGCAGCUGGGCGCCUCCAAAGUGCAGCAGCUGCUGUCACAGCAGCCAGCGAAGCAGCUGAAGAGGGACCCCGAGAGACCCGAGAGUGCCAAAUCCUUUGGCCGCGAGAGCAUCGGCUCCCAGGGCGAGGUGGAGGUAAGGCACUUGCCCGUCGGCAUCGCCGUGGCCGUGGCCCGGCAGAAGGACAACAGCAGCAGCAGCAGCAGCAGCAAACUGGGGCCCAGCUUGGCAGACCGGGACCGCUCGCUGUCCCUCAGCAGCAUCAAAGGGCACGGACGCUCAGAAGAUGAUUGCGGGGAUGAGAGGAGCCGCCACCGGGACAGCCACCUCCUGGCAGGGCGCUUGGAGCGGGACCAGGAGAAGCUGCUCAGAGAGAGCAAGGAGCUGGCAGAUUUUGCCCGGAUCCAUCCUUCUGGCUGCGCCACAAAUGGUUUGAACUCCAACCUGAUGGUGACAGGAGGCCCAGCCUUGACGGGCUCCGGGCGCUGGUCUGCAGAUCCGGCUUCACACUUGGCAGCGCACCCCUGGCUCCCCAGGACCGGGAGCCCCUCCAUGUGGCUGGCUGGCCAUCCCUAUGGACUUGGUCACCCUUCUCUGCACCAGGGCAUGACUCCAGGCUUCCCUCCUGCCAUGGGGGGAGCUCUCCCUUCUGCUUACCAGUUUGCCAGAGACCCGCAGUCUGGGCAGCUUGUUGUGAUCCCCAGCGAGCACUUGCCACACUUCGCGGAGCUGAUGGACCGAGCGCCCCCGCUGUGGCCCGCCAUGUACCCCCCGACCAGGAGCUCCCUCCAGCACGCUCACCAGCUCCAGCUCCUCUCGCAUCAGCAGCUGCUGCGGCAGCAUGAGCUCUACAUCCUGCAGCAGCAAGCGGCCCAUGCCAUGGAGCUGCAGAGAAGCGCCCAGCUCGUGGAGAGGUUGAAGGCGAACGAGCAGCGUGCAGAUAUGGAAGAGAAGGUGACGAAACGGAGCCUGGACAGUGCCAAAUCAGGCCUUUCCUCCUCUGCCCCGGGACUGGUGCACCGCAAACCACCUGUGCUGUCUCCCAGCGCCUCCACGUCCUACAGCAAGGCUGUGAGUCCACCUCCCCUCUCUCCCAGGGCCUCACCCGUGUCCGUGCUCAAAGCUGAGGUGAUCCAAAAGAUGGAGGAGCCACCUUCGCAGCCAGCCUACUCCUACCCUGCCACCCCCAGCUCCCAUCCCUCC